GGUGCUUUCUAAGACAGAAGAAAGAUAACUGUCGGCCAUAUUUGUUUGCUCGUGCUGCUCAUAAAGCGGCGCGCGACAGCGUUGCUAUUUGAAGAAAAGGGGGAUAAAUAACCAAAAUACAGACACAAUGACACCGAAUGCAUUUGUAUGGUUUUACAAGACUAUGCCUUCCAAAUGAAUAUCAAAGAAGUUUAUCAGGCUAACAGAAACAGCUGAUAAAGGUUCUGGCAAGCUCCAAGAUCAGACAUGUUUUCUAGGUUUGGGAGCGGGGAGCCGGUCAAGAAGAGCACCAAUUUAUGGGAUGAUGGUGAUGACACACCAUCACAGUUCUCCAGAACAGGCAUGUAUUCUAGGUCGAAGUUUCAGUAUGGCAGCAGCGGGAGAGGGCAGUUAGACAAGACGAGCCAACAGACAGGAGGCAAUCUGUGGGAUGAUGCUGAUGAGAAUCCACCACAGUUCUCACGUGGCAGCAAGACAGUGUCUGACAGGACAGACAGAUACAGAGGAUAUUCUAAGUUUAGUUUCCAGGAGUCUCAAACUGCCCCUACUUCAGACACUUGGGGUGGUUUGGGGUCUUCCUUCAGAAAUGAGUCAUUGGACAAAGGUCCAGGUAAAGAUUACUUCGGUGCCCAAAGCAGAAAUCUAGACAUGGAAACUGAGAGCCGUGGAAGAGGCAGAGGUUGGACCACUGGCCAAAAGAUGGAGACAGACAGAUUGCCCCAUGCAGGCAUUGACACCGGCAGCAACAGAUUUGGCAUGGAAUCGAGAGGUUUGGAGACAGGUAGAAGAUUCCUCGGAAGUAGUAACACAUCAUAUCCAAUGGAAACCGAAAGUAUGAGAUUUGAUGAAGGUGGCAAAAACUGGACAAAUUUUGCAAAUCCUACAAAUUUAAGGAAGGAGCCAGAAAGUGACAUAUUCAGUGACAGACACAGAGGCUCAUCCUCACAACCCAGAAAUGAAACCAGAAACCAAUGGUCCCAUGAAAGUCCUCGAAGUCAUUCUGCAGGUGCCCGUUGGGAAAGAGAAAGCUACAGAUUCAGUGAAACACCUAGAGGUCCAUCUGCUGGACAAGAAAUAGCCCGGAGAAGGGACAACUCUGUGCUGGAUACAGGGGUAAUGCAGGAGUUGAAAAUGAGAAUGGCCGCCGAGAGGCAGCAAAGCAGAGUCAAUCCUGUCGACAUGAACAAGGUCAUGAAAGUUAUGAACAUUGUGGACCAGCUUUCUGAUGAGCCCAGGCAAAAUGUUUCUCCGAGGAGAAAUCCAAGGACAAGAGAUUUUUAUGGAAAAGUAGAAACUGCACACCCUCGCGAAUCAAGAGGCUUGAAAAGAGAUGGCAGCAUGCAUGGCACCAAAGACAGAGAGGAUAGAAGCUUAAAGAGAGGGAGGAGGGAAGACUUUGGAGACCGAGAAAGACCCAGAAGCUUUCAACGGUCUGAAACAUUUAGAGACCAACAGAAGUCCAGUAUUCACACAAAAGAAAAACCAGUUUCACUACUGGACUUGAAGUUUGAUUUUCCAAAACAGGGUGUGCAGGAAACAAUGGGUUUGAAGCUGAGAAGACUGGUUGCCAAUAUCAAGAGCUUCAAGGCUUCCGGCGACCACGUAAAUGACAUUCACACCCUCGACAUUUCUCUGGCUAAGUGUAAAAUAAGGUCUGAUUACAAGCAGGAAGUGCUGGGGAAAGUUGGAAAAAAACUCACAUUUACUGGAUGUUUGAUGGUUAAUGGUAUCUUCCUUGCCAGGUGUCUGGGUACAGGUAAGAAGGAGGUGAAACAUGCAUGCUACGAGGAAGCUAUUAAUGUCCUGAUGACUAAACCUGUGGAAGAAAUUAUGGAAAUGAAGGAUGAAGGUAGUGAUAACAUGAUGAAGAAAUUGCUUGCUGUUGAAGAGAAGAAAAAGUCUACGAAAGAAGUGGUUCCUGGAGCACCAAAUCUUCAGCUGUGUGAAAAAUUGGAAAAGUUGAUCAAAUAUCUUAAUGGUUUCAAGAAGAGAGCUGAUACACCAAUAAUUGAGUUGAACAAUGCUAAUGUAGCUGCAAGCAAUGUCUUUCAUCGGGAAUACAGGGAAGACUCAAUGGAGCUUGUCAAGAGUACCUCUCUUGGUAAAGGACAUCUUACACUUGACGGGCAUCUGAUUGCUACUGCUGUUGGGAAGGUAUCCAAACGAGUGAAGUACAGGACAUAUGCAAAAGGAAUCGAUUUGCUCAAGAACAGUCCUAUGUCUGUUGUUCUGGAGGGAGUUCUUGCAGACGACAACUACUCCAACCUCUCUGCCCAUGAUGUUCUGUCCCCCAGGCAUGUGGGUCUUCCAGACGAGGAGACACAACAGAAACUGGGCAAACUGAUUGGUCAGGUGAAGAGGAUGGCCAACUCCAAUCAGGCUGCAAACAACAUACUCCAGAUUGCUUCAAAAAAUGCCAAUCUCCUCUUGACUUGUCUUUCAAAGAGAGGAGCAAAAGGUGGCGAGUUAUUUACCGAAUGUGAUCUUUAUGUCGACUGCAUCUAUAUCUGCACGGGGGAAGGCUACAAAUAUACGGAUGCAGUGAAGCAGACCUACGAGGAAGCAAUAAGGGUGCUUUCCAACAGUUCUCCAGACGUCAUCUUCAACGACUUCAAGCGCAUAACAACUCAAGAUGUGCACAAUGUCACAGAAGUUUGUGAGGUGUGGGAAGGGAAGAAGAUGAAGACAUUCUUCUGGUCAAACUAUCACAAGAUCCAAACAUUCAAGAAAAGAAUACUCUUCAAGCAAAAUCCUGACUACACAGAAUUUCCAAGGGAUUGGGAACGAAUGAUUAUCAUGGAACAAGAAAAGUUUUCGUCAGAUCGGGUGAACAAGGCCUACGAAAUACUUCUUAACUCUGCAACCAGAAACUUUGUGACUCUGCAUGGGAAGGGCUCAACGGAAGGAAAUGUUCUCAAGUGUGAACUGUUCCUACAAGGUGAGAAGCUGGCAGAGGCCAAUGGCAAGAACAAUGUUGAAGCUUCUGCAAAGGCAGCCGCUAAAAUCCUCUUCAAAUUCUACGAGCAACAACCUACCAUUAAGCUGCUAGCCGAUGGAGAUGAUUCCAAGUCCUGGCACACCUAUGAGUCGAUCAAAGAAAAGGCAGAUCAGAUGAAGGCUGAGAGUGAGGACUCAGAGACAGAUGAUUUCAUCUACAUCAACGACUUCCCCCCACGUCGAAAACAAAAAGUCCAGGAAGAAGCCAUGGAGGUGGAUCAGCAGGAUGCAGACAAGGAUGCAGACAAGGAUACAGACAAGGAUGCUGACAAGGAUGCAGACAAGGAUGCCCCAUCGUCCAGCCAUUCAGUCACGGAAGUAAAGCACCCAGACACCAUGGACGAGGGAGACUGUCUUGUAGGGGACAGUGAUGCACCAUCCUCGACACUACCAGUCAACAAGUGGGUGAAACAGGUGGUGGAGAAGAUGAUCGUGGAGUUUGCAGCCACAGAAAGUUUGGAGGAAGUCAUCUUUGGUCCUGGGUUUCCUGUGGGAGAUCAAAGGCAGAUCAAGAUUAGUGCUGCAAAGCAUCGUGUUUACAGCUGCAUCAGGGCGACUCCAGAUAAAAGUACCUAUGUGUGUCUCUUUCAAAAGCUUUCACCAGAGAUGACACUGAGAACAUUGAAAUGGAAAGGCAAAUGUGGGAAAUAUGCUAUCAUGCCCAAGGAAGAACUUCCAAAAUUAGAUGAUCUAGAAAAGGACUCAUUUGGAAUACACACCAGUCUACAGCGAAGCCAUUGGAAAGGUUAUCAAGCAUACAAACUGAAGAAGCCUCAAGAGGAAGAAGAUGCAGACAUGUCAUAGAGCCUAGUCUCAAAGAAGAACUUAAGAACCACAGGAUCUAACACUCCUACAGAAAUAGGUCUUGUUUAAGGGAAUGAAAUUGAUGUGACAAAAACUGCCAUCGCUGACAAUUUAUUUGUUUGUACGAGUGUGAAUAAUGCUGACAAUGUCAUCAUUUAAGCCCAGAGAUCAGUAAUGGCCAUCAUGCUUCUUGAAAUGCAGCAGAAGACUGGACAGUAACUUCAUGUUGUCUCUUUGUGUGAACAUUGUGAAGGGAUAUUCUGAUUGAAUAUUUGGAAUAUAGAGCAGGCACAGUGCUUGGUCCAUUCUAUUGCACUUUAUUUGUACCAUUCAUGUUCAAGAGUAUUAUCCCAUAUUUUCAGAUUUAGACAUAGUGGUGUAUAUUGUUCGUCUGUAGAACUGACUUUACAUUCAAGAAAGAAAUGAGGAAGGUAAUGUACAAACUUUUAGUUACGAUGCAAAAGUCAUAAGGCUGAGUUUGAUUUUGUGUACCAUUGUUUCCAUUAUCCUGUCUCCAUCAUGUCGUGAUGGCUACUCUUGAAUAAAUCAUAAUUAAAUAGCCCCAUAUGCUGCUGCUGCUACACUUUAUUUUCAAAAUCAUGCAGUGCUUGGACAUCCAUCAGGGAUAUAUGAAGUAUGACUCCUUGAAAGCCCUUGGCAAUUUUUAGAGACAUGGAUUGGUUACGUCAAGGGUUAAGGUCACAGCUUGAAAGGAAGUUUGUUUUCUGCCUACCUUGAAAAAGGUCCACUGCAGGUCAUGAUAAAAGUUGCUACGUUAUCCUCUGGGUGGGAUCAAUUUUGGGAAGAUUGUGAGUCACCUAUAUAAGGUCAAGGUUACAGUGAAGGUCAUUAGUAAAGAAUGUUUGCCAUUUUCACCCAAGUGCUUUUUCUGCAGAUAAGUUAUUUAUACAGCGAUUGUCAUUUGAUUAAUUAUGUUUGGUAAGUGAUGACAACAGUUGUAGGUCACUGUGACCUACUUUCAUUAAGUAUCAUGUGUAAAACUUGUUGCUACAUUAAGGUCACCUAGGGUCAUCACAUUUGGUUUAUGUGCUAGGGAGGGCUAUAUUACAUAUGAAAACACUUGCCAAGCAUGCCAAGUGAGAAGAAAUAUUCCAUUAUCCAAGAGAUUGAAAUUAAACCCUGGCUUGAACCUUCUUGUACAUACAGGCCAAUAAAUGUAUUUUGCAAUUAUUUUUCAAAUAGUUUUACAUGUCACAUUUGUAUAUACAUGAUAUAUGUAUUUCAUUUUGUAUUGAUAACCUAUGGAUAUGUAUCAUGCAACAUUUCGAUCUCAUUAACAAGAUACCUUUGACUCAGAUGCGAUAUGACUUUGCAUGAUGAUCUAUGAACACCACAUAGAAGGUCGCGUCAAGUGAACCCUGAAGUUGGUUGGUUGGUUAACGCACUCAGCAAUGUUCGGGCUAUAUGACGGGGGUCUGUAAAUAAUCUGCAUCAACCAAUUCAGUGAGCCUGACCAUCUGAUCCCAUCAGUCACCUCUUACGACAAGCAUAGUCGCUGAACCCUGAAGUAACCCUUGACCUCCCAAUCGAAAUUAAGUUUCUACAGCCAAUCAGAUGUCAGCUUUCUGAAAUGAUUUGGCUUCAUUUCAUCACCAUCUUGACUGACUUGAGGCUGAUUGGCCAGUUAGAAAGUACUAACCGUAAAGAUCAGGUUUAGAAUAGGUCUUCAGCAACCCAUGCUUGUGGUAAGAGGCAACUGUGCUUGUCCUAAUGUGUGUGAGCAGACAAUCUUUGAGCCAAUCCCCGUAACAGAUAGGGCACUUUGUGUACUUUUCAUGAGUGGGAUUUCCUCACUGAUUACCUUCUGAUAUAUCAAUUAAGACAGUUCAAUAAUUAUAUCCCAAAUGCAGUCUCUGUUUCCCAAGUGUUUAGAAUAAAUCAUGUUUGCAUGUUAAAUAUAAAAUGUACUUUCACUUACACUUGAAUGAAUGAAGCAAUUACAUUAUCAUCCAAAACUGGCUUCCCAGAAACCUAUGAUUGUGAGUUCGAAUCCCGGUUCGCCUUGAUUAUGUUUCUAGGUUUGUCAGCACCAUACCGGUGAUUGUGGGUUUCACCGAAGUGGUAAACGUCUGAGACAUGCAUCACUUCGGGCUUUCCUCCCACAUUAAGCUGACAUGCCACGAUAUAACUGGAAUACUGUUAAAAGCGGUGUUAAACCCAACUCACUCACAACUGGCUUCAACAGGAGAUUUGGCGGUUACCAUGACAUCACAAUCAAAUGACAUUGCUCAUCUGUUCCUAAUGGAUACAAUUAGCUGUAUUCCCUACAAUCAAAACAGGGGCGGUCGGGUAGCCUAGUGGUUAAAGUGUUUGCUCGUCACACCGAAGACCUUGCUGGAAUAUUGCUAAAAGCGGAGUAAAACCAUACUCACUCACUACUAUCAAAACACUUGUUAUUGCUGUUUACAAACUGAAAGAGUGAUUGUAAGAUAUAUAGAAUCUUGCACUCGUUUCUUUUGACAUUUAAUUUUAUCAACACUCCUUGAUGAAAGUUUAUAUCUUUUCCACAAGCCUCAGAGUUUUAAACUCUCAUCGACUCAUGUUGAUAUAUUUGAUAUCAAAAGAUACCUGUCUGAGAUUCUCUCUGUCCCUUUCCUGAGGUUAUUGCUGUACAGUUUCUGGAAUAAUAUUCCUGAAAUAUGAAGAGCCCACAGAAUGUUGGUCAAGGUGAUUGUUGUCCUUUGGGCACUACAAAAACCUGUGAUUGUGGGUUUUGAAACCCAGUUAGCCCUGACUAUGUUUCAGGGUUGUGCUCAUGCGAUUCAACAAAGUGUUGAACGUCUAAGACGUCAGACAUCACUUUUGGCUUUUCCCCGACAUUAGCUGACACAGUGAUAUAACUGGAACACUGUUAAAAGCGAUGUAACACUCACUCAUUCACUCAAGGUGAUUGUUUAAGCAUCAUCCUGAUUUUGUAGCUCAUAAUUAUUUCUUUUUAGAAUGUCAUCUUUCCCAAUUGGGAUUUGGGGUUGGAAUGGGUCCCUGUGGAUUUUGAACUUUUACAUUUUGUUGUAAAAAACUAUCCUUUGUAGUUCAUAAUUUGUUUAGUUUAAUUAUGCUAAUCUUGCAUUUCCAAACAUUGAAAAGAUAACUUAGGAAAUAAACUUUGGAUAAAGCCA